AUGGAGUACAGAGAGCACAGGGACCACCACGACAGCGUCGUGUCGUCGUCGACCUUCAUUUCGACGUCGUAUGACCCAGCGGCCUACUCUGCCAUCAAGGAGCCGAAAGAACUUGACCAGCGCGGUGCCUCGGAUCCUAUGCUGGUUGACGAAUCUAUCAGCAUCCCAGCAUGGAAGGCCUCGAAGCACCAGAUGGUCAUCAUCAUCACGUUGUCGAUCAUGUCCUUUGUUAUUGCCUUGGACGCUAAUGUCAUUGUUACAUCCCUGACUGCCAUCGUGCAAGAUAUCGGCGGAUCAUCGACGCAAGCCUUCUGGAUCGGCACAUCGUAUCUCAUCUCCUGCGCGGUCGCCAUGCCCUUCCUCGCGUCUGUCAGCGACAUCUUCGGCCGACCGAUCAUUCUUAUCGGCAGUGUCAUGGCUUUCACAGUCGGAACAAUCUUGUGUUGCGUAUCAAGCAGUAUCGCAUUGAUGAUUGUAGGUCGUGUUAUCCAGGGACUCGGUGCUGGCGGCAUGUACGUUCUCAGCCUGGUCAUCUUCACCGACAUUGUACCUCUGCGCCAUCGUCCUAAGCUCUGGGGUAUCAUCCAAAUGGCUUGGGCCAUUGGUUCCCUUGUCGGACCCAUCAUCGGCGGUGCGAUCGCUGAGCACACGACUUGGAGAUGGAUCUUUUACAUCAACUUCCCCAUUUGUGGCUAUUCCCUCGUUUCCAUCCCCGUUUUGCUGACACUCAAGCCACCCACGGCGACGUUUGGCGAGAAGCUGAAGCGCGUCGACUGGCUUGGCGGCUUCCUCUUCAUCGCCUCCUUGGUUACCUUCCUCGUCGGCAUCUCUUGGGGCGGCAACGAUUUUCCCUGGAAGAGCGCACAGACUCUGGUGCCCGUGUUCAUUGGCGCUGCGGGUGUGGCAGUGGCGCUGUUCUACGAGAACAAGGUCGCCAAGCUGCCAUUCCUCAAGAGGAUGCUUUUCACGGAUGUCAGUGCCGUCACGGUCUACAUCCUAGGUCUUCUGCAGGGUUUCAUUCUUUACGGUCAACUUUAUUACAUCCCGUUCUACUUCCUGUCCGUCACCCAGUACAGCCCCACGAUGGCCGGCGUAGCCAUGCUGCCCGUCACCCUUCUCCUUGUGCCAGGCUCCAUCAUCUCCGGCAUCCUCGUUUCCCGCUUCAACGCCUACCGCUGGUCCAUCUGGAUCGGCUGGGCUCUCAUGGCUCUCGCCUCUGGCCUCUUGAUUUUCUGGGAUGUCGACACGCCGGUUCCGGUGCGCGUCGUCACCCUGGCUAUCGGCGGUGUCGGCCACGGCUUCGUCCUUAAUGCCCAGACAUUCAUCACUGGUGCCAUCGUCGACCCCCAGGACUCGAGCCACGCGGCAAGCAUGUACCUGUUCCUCCGCAUGCUGGGCUGUGCCAUCGGUGUCAACGUGGGCUCCACCACGUUCCAGAACGUCAUGGCGCUGAAGCUCGAGCGCAAGGGUAUCGCCAGGGAUAUUGCGCUCCGCGCCGAAGAGUACCUCGCCGUCGUCAAGACGCUUCCCGAAGGCACCUUCAAGGAAGCCGUUCUCGAGUCGUACGCGUUUGGCUUUAAGGGUGUGCACGGUGUCUACGUCUCGCUGGCUGUCAUCGCCUUCUUCGCGAGCUUCUUGAUCCGUCACUAUGACCUCAACAAGAUGCAUGAGACCAAGCACACGCUGCAUCAGAACCGCGUUUCGCGGCUUUUUGACAGUCGCCAGAACCUGAGAAGGAGCGAGCAGAUUCCUACCUCUGAUGAGAGCUCUUAG